CGGGAAAUGACGCUCUGAACUGCAAGAUGAUCUGGGAGAAACAUGAGAAUAAAGCAUCGCUUUUCCAGAAUGAUGUUAGACCCGCAUGUGUCUUAUCAGUGUGUGUGUGUGUGUGACAGAAAGCGGAAUGCAACGGAUCAUCAGUCCACUAUAUAUUUCUGAUAGCUCUCCAAGUCUCAACACGCAAAGCUGUCUGCAGCGAUACCACCCCGAAGGCUUCUUCAGCUCCUGUGAGGAUCGUUUCGUGUCCUCUGCACCUUGAAUUGACACGUCGUGUCUGUCUCGUUUAAACCUUUCUCACAAUGGCAGAGCAACAGGUCGCUAGCAUCAUAGUGGAUAGCAUUCACAAUGCUGAUGUGAAGGUGGUAUUCGGAAUCCCCGGUGCAAAGGUGGACUCGAUCUUCGACACUCUUUCGGAUCACCCGGAAAUCAAGUUGGUAGUAUGCCGCCAUGAACAGAACGCAGCAUUCAUGGCGGCAGCAGUGGGUCGUAUCACAGGCACACCUGGUGUCUGCAUUGCCACCUCGGGGCCUGGUGCCGGAAACCUGACGACAGGGUUGGUGACAGCGACAAGUGAAGGUGACCCUGUCGUUGCCAUCAUCGGCUCAGUGCCUAGACUCCUCAGCACGAAGCACACACAUCAAUCUAUGAAGGCUUUGGACAUUUUACGACCAACCGCGAAGAGUGCGACCAAUAUUGAUGUCGAAGACCAGGCAGCUGAAGUGAUACUGGCAGCCUUUCGCACAGCCAACAGUAAUCCCAGAGGAAGUGCCGUCAUUUCAAUACCGAUGGAUGUCGCCGCAGGCAAAUCAAAGAUCAAGGCAUUUCAAUCGUCAGCGUUCAAACCACCACUUUAUGGUCCUGCCCCAAUCGAGCGCAUUCGGGAGGUAGCGAGCAGGAUUAGCAAUGCCAAACUACCGGUACUGUUCCUUGGUCAGAGAGCUUCGAGCCCAGUGGUCAUCGCAGCAGUCCGCGAAUUUUUGGUUAAACAUCCCAUUGCAGUGGUUGAGACGUUCCAGGCUGCUGGUGCGAUCCCUCAGGAUCUGGCUGAUAAGGUCUUCUUCGGCCGUGUCGGUCUCUUCCGCAAUCAGACCGGUGAUCGUUUGCUCGCCAAGUCAGACUUGAUCAUCACGCUAGGCUAUGAUCCCUUCGAGUACGAUGCUCAGGCUUGGAAUCCUGACGGAAAGCUCACGAUUGUGCACAUUGAUUACACUUCAUGUGAUUACGGCGCAUAUUACAACCCUGAAACAGAGCUUCUCGGCUCCGUCCGUGAGAACAUCAUGGCUUUAGGAAAAGAGAUCUCGCAAGUCGCGGACCCAACCAAGGACCCAUUCUGUCAGACACUUAGCAAAGAGCUGAGGGCUUGGCAGGACCACCUCAACAGUGCACAGGGCGAUGGUUUGGUCAAUCCCUUACAGUUUAUCAGUGCCCUCCAGCAACGACUGUCACAUGACACCACUGUCACUGUGGAUGUGGGCACGGUAUACAUAUACAUGAUGCGCUAUUUCUUCGCGUAUCAGCCCCGAAAAUUGCUUUGUUCGAAUGGUCAGCAAACACUGGGUGUUGGCAUGCCGUGGGCGAUUGCUGCCUCACUGGUGCAAGAACCACCUUGUUCGAGAAAGGUCGUCUCCUUGAGUGGCGAUGGCGGUUUCAUGUUCUCGUCACAGGAGCUAUCGACAGCAGUUCAACAGCAAUGCGACAUCACGCACUUCAUUUGGAACGAUGAAGCUUACAACAUGGUCGAGUUCCAGGAAGAGAUGAAGUAUGGACGGUCUAGCGGUAUCCACCUGGGAGGUAUCGACUUUGUCAAGUUCGCAGAGAGCUUCGGCGCAAAAGGCUUCCGGAUUGAAAAUUGCUCGCAGAUUGAGCAAGUUAUGGACCAGGCGCUUGCACAUAAGGGAGUAUCACUCGUGGACGUCCGCAUCGAUUACUCGAAUGUCAAGGAAUUGGCCGACCACCUCAUCAAGGACAGUGUUGGCUAGGCACUCGCCGAUGGAUCACAGGCAGCUAGGAAAUGAUUUCACGAGAUUAUCCAAGGCACCCAGUCAUCGAUUGAUGCGUGGACCACUCGGUAGAUAGAUAUAUAAUGAUCCAAUGCUUUAAAUUUCUGUCGUG